AUGGUGCACGAGCUAGGCAUCCAGCAGUUCAAAGCUGUACUGGUUCUUUGUGUCACUGUUGAGAAGCCCAAUGCCGCAGGUGCAAUCGUCUACGCCUCUCCAUUUUUCCGAAGCCGGCCUAUGACUGUGUUGAACGUGAGCAACAUUCCAGGUCUACUAACCGCCGCCUUCGACGGGAUCACUGCAAAGGUGGACGCUUGGGUGCAAGGUGGUUCAGGCUGGGCUGUGAGUAAUGUGAAAACUGCACAUCUUGAUAUUUGCAAGUAUCGUCCAAUGCGCAUGUCGUCGUACCUUCCUCUACCUAAAAAGUUAGCUUCGUCAAAGGCCAUCAUCAAUGUGAAGAAUGACGACGAGCAGUGUCUGAAGUGGGCUCUUCUGUCUGCCCUGCAUCCAGCUGUGCAACAUGCAGAACGUGUGAGCAAGUAUGCGCAGUAUGCGCAGAGUCUCAACUUUGACGGUGUAGAGUUCCCUGCAACCAUAGAUGAUGUGUACAGGGUGGAGAAGGCCAACUCGCUGAACAUCAACGUGUUUGCAUUUGAAGAAAACUACAUCAUUCCCAUAAAGUUAUCAGGUAGUGACAAUGCAAUAAAUCUCCUGAUCCUGCAAGAUGAUCUCCUUAGCCAUUACUGCUGGAUAAAGGACUUUAGCGCUCUAUGUGCCAGCCAGACAAAGUCCCAACACAAGAGGUUCUUCUGCAUGCGAUGCCUCUCCGCACAUCGCAGCGAUACCACUCUGAAGAAGCAUCAACUAUACUGCAGCGAUGUGAAGGCAGCGACAGUCCAGAUGCCAAAAGCAGGCGAGCAGCUCAAGUUCACGGAGAUACAGAGGAAGAUGAAAAUGCCGUAUGUGAUCUAUGCCGAUACUGAGUGUCUGCUGAAAGCAACGUCUCCAGAGCGCCAUGGGAAGCAAACUGUUCGUGAAGCUGAACACGUACCAUGUGCAGUAUCGUAUGUCGUCGUACGCUCUGAUGGUGUACUGAAGAACACUUUCACGUUCAGAGGAGAUGAUCCGAUUGAAAAGCUUUUCGAAGAGCUCUCCAAGGAGGAAGAGCGCAUAGAGGAAGACCUGAAGAACAUACGUCCUAUCAUCAUCACGGAUGAUGAAGAGGUGCAGUUCCGCAAUGCCACAGAGUGCUGGAUCUGUGGCAAGAAACUGAAGGGUGCUGAUCGAGUGCGCGACCACGACCACCUCACCGGACUGUACAGAGGAGCUGCACACAACGCCUGCAAUUUGAAGUUCCGCAUCGUGCCAGAGCACCAUCCCAUCCCCGUUGUAUUUCACAACCUGAAAGGGUAUGAUGGACAUCUCCUGAUAUCCAGCAUCGGCCUCACGUCCAUGAACACUGAGGAGUACAUUGACAGACAAGGACGGCGUCGACGCAAGGUGAAGGGGCGCGUUACUGUCAUACCCAACAAUAUGGAGCGGUAUGUGUCAUUCUCGUGGGGGAGAUUCCGAUUUAUUGACAGUCUUUCCUUUCUGAACGCAUCGCUGGACAAGCUAGUGAGCAACACGCCUCGCGACUCGUUCUUUCAUCUCAAGUCCCUGGCUUCGUCGUACAGCAACAACGCCCCGGGCAGCAGCAGCAGCAGCAGCAGCAGCAGCACCAGCAGCACCAGCAGCAGCAGCAGUGCACCGGGCUCGUCUAGCAAUAACCUGCUGGAUCUCCUGCAUCGCAAAGGUGUCUAUCCCUACGAAUACAUGAACAGCAGCGCUAGGUUUUCCGAGACUGGUCUUCCUGCAAAGGAAGACUUUUACUCACGCCUCUCAGAGUGCCACAUCAGCGAUGAGGACUACUGCCAUGCCCAGCGUGUGUGGACUGCAUUCGGCUGCAGCGACAUGGGCGACUACCAUGAUCUCUACCUGAAGACCGAUGUGCACCUUCUUGCAGAUGUGUUUGAGAAAUUUAGAUGCACUGCAAUGGUCACGUACGAUUUGGACCCGACACACUACUACACCCUGCCUGGAUUCGCGUGGGACGCCCUUCUGAAACAUACAGGAAUUUCGCUCACUCUGCUGGACGACGUGGACAUGCAUCUGUUCGUCGAGCGCGGUCUUCGUGGCGGUGUUACAAUGGCGUCACACCGCCACGCCAGGGCGAACAACAAGUACAUGAGCUCACACGACCCUGAGCAGGCGUCAACAUAUCUUCAAUACCUCGACGCGAACAACCUGUACGGCUGGGCCAUGUCGCAGCACUUGCCGACAUCAAAAUUCCAGUGGUGUGUCCCCAGUGACGAACUCCUGCAGAAGAUCCUCACGCAGCCAGAUGACGCAGACACUGGGUACAUGGUGGAGUGUGAUCUGUCAGUGCCCACAGAGUUCCACGAUCGCCUGAACGACUACCCACCCGCACCGGAGCGUGUAACCAUCACCGAGAGUAUGAUGUCGCCAUACCAGCGCGACUUGAUUGCAGCAGAUCCUGUCUCCGGACUGAGUGCUCCGAAACUGGUCCCGAACCUCAUGCCAAAGCAGCGCUACGUAGCACACUACCGUAACCUCAGGCUGUACAGUCGUCUAGGUCUGAGGAUCGAUGCUGUACACCGCGUGCUCAGUUUCCGCCAAGCUCCGUGGAUGAAGCCCUACAUCCAGCUGAACACGGAGCUUCGGAAGAAGGCGAAGAACGAUUUCGAGAAGGACUUCUUUAAACUCAUGAAUAACGCUGUGUUUGGGAAGACAAUGGAGAAUGUGAGGAGAAGAAUCUCAAUUAGACUGCUGCGUGUGGAAGACGAGGAAGAUACCAUUCUCACAGCUGUGGCCAAGUCCACCUACGUCCGCCAUGUCCUCUUCGACAACGGGCUUGUGGGCAUCGAGAACAGGAAGCUUGCGGUCCACCUGAACAAGCCGGUGUACGUUGGCAUGAGCAUCCUGGAGCUGAGCAAGGAGCUGAUGUACAGAUUUUACUAUGACGAGCUCCAGCCACGCUACGGAGACCGCAUGAGCCUGCUGUACACAGACACGGACUCGCUGGUGCUGCUGUUCCGCACGGAGGACCUCUAUGCGGACAUGAAGAGUAUGGCCGAUCAGUACGACACCAGCAACUUUAGCCCCGACAGUCCUCUGUACAGCGAGAGUAAUAAGAAGGUUGUAGGUAAAUUUAAGGACGAGCUCGGAGGGAAGCUCAUGACAGAGUUCGUGGCGCUCAGAUCCAAAAUGUACGCGUACGAUGGCGAGGAGAGUGGUCAGCGUGCAAAGGGCGUCAAGAGAGUACUGUGCGAGUACUUGCACGCCACUAACUGUGACUUCACUGACAAUAGGUUGCACAAGGAUCCCCUGAUCCUGGACGUUGACAGUGAUUCAAUCACAAACGCCACCGCAGGUGGUGGGACUGGCGGUGUUGGGAGUGACAGCGGUGCAACUGCUGCUGCCCCAGGCACUGACAGUGGUGUCAGUGCUAGUGAGGAUGACGAUGAUGUGUGGAUGGAGCGUUUAAAGCCAGUGAAAUGCACAGACCAAGACGUGUACGCUUCCCCCGCAGACGUGUGA